CCCGCCGUUGGGCUCCGCGGCCGCCGGGGGCCCAGGCGCGGGGCGGGGCGGGGCGGAGGGCCGGCCGGGGCCCACGUGGGGGUUAAGCGGCCGCCCCGCCGCGGACGGAGAGCACUGCCGGCGCCGGAGCCCGAGCAGGACGCGGCCCGUUGGCGCGGCGGGAUAUGAGGUGCCCAUUGUAAGCCUCAGAGAGUUGCCUUCUACGGAGCCCAGCAGAGGAGUGGGCAAACAUGAAGUCCAAUCCUGCCAUCCAAGCUGCCAUCGACCUCACAGCAGGGGCCGCAGGGGGCACAGCAUGUGUGCUGACUGGGCAGCCCUUCGACACAAUGAAAGUGAAGAUGCAGACGUUCCCUGACCUGUACAAGGGCCUCACUGACUGCUGCCUAAAGACCUACUCACAGGUGGGCUUCCGGGGUUUCUACAAGGGGACCAGCCCAGCGCUCAUCGCCAACAUCGCCGAGAACUCUGUCCUCUUCAUGUGCUACGGCUUCUGCCAGCAGGUGGUGCGGAAAGUGGUGGGAUUGGACAAGCAGGCAAAGCUGAGUGAUCUGCAGAAUGCAGCUGCCGGCUCCUUUGCCUCUGCGUUCGCUGCGCUGGUGCUCUGCCCCACUGAGCUCGUGAAGUGCCGGCUACAGACCAUGUACGAAAUGGAGACAUCAGGAAAGAUAGCCAAAAGCCAGAAUACAGUCUGGUCUGUAGUGAAGAGUAUCCUUAGGAAGGAUGGCCCGUUGGGCUUCUAUCAUGGACUCUCAAGCACUUUACUUCGAGAAGUACCAGGCUAUUUCUUCUUUUUCGGCGGCUAUGAACAGAGUCGAUCGUUUUUUGCUUCAGGGAGAUCAAAAGAUGAACUAGGCCCUGUCCCUUUGAUGUUAAGUGGUGGAGUUGGUGGAAUUUGCCUCUGGCUUGCUGUUUACCCAGUGGAUUGUAUCAAGUCUAGAAUUCAAGUUCUUUCCAUGUCUGGAAAACAGGCAGGAUUUGUUGGAACCUGUAUAAGUGUUGUGAAAAAUGAAGGAAUAACGGCCUUAUAUUCUGGACUGAAACCUACUAUGAUUCGAGCGUUCCCUGCCAAUGGGGCACUAUUUUUGGCCUAUGAAUACAGCAGGAAAUUCAUGAUGAGCCAGCUUGAAGCAGACUGAAGUAUUCUAGUGAACCUGGGUCCAAGUACAAGUGUUUGAGGACUAUAAUUCAUCUCAGGGUUUCAUGGAGUACAAGACCAGUGUGGAAUUAUUUUAAUUUCAGAGUAUUUUGUUGUCUUCCAUUCUUCUACCCUAAAUCUUAAACUUCAUGGAAGGACCUCAAUUUUCCAUGAUCUGAUUUCUGCCCAUAAUUGUACUGAAAUAGAAAAGCUGCUGCUGCUGUCCUUGGUGGGACAUACAGGGUGAGCCUCUGGCCUUUGGUACCUAAUCUGACAAUCUAAAUAUAAUCAGGGAUUCUGCAUAAACUUGUAUUGUAAAUGCAGUUUGGAUGGUUGUGUGUUGUGAAUGAAGCAUAAUUUUGUUCUGUGUUUAAUCAGAUCAUACCAGAAAAACCCAGAGGUAACCAUGUUUCAUGAAGAUGGUUAUGAUUACUUAACCCAUUCUAGAUAUAUGGUCUCUUAAAAUCUGCUUAACACAUGCACUAUACCAAGCGGCUCAAGUUUUUAAAAAGGAUUCCGUGGUGCUUGAAAACGAAUACAUCCAUAGAUCUUAAAGAGGAGAAUAUAAUUGUAUACUGAUGUGGCUUCCAUGUUUCUGAUUUAACUUUCAGAGUAGGCAUCCUGGGUUUUUCCAAGGUGCUCUACUGAUAAACAGUGCCAUUCAUGUUUUUGAUGGGAUCAUAUACUCUCUGAAAUAUUGUUGGGUGUGGCCUAGAGUAUCAGGCCUUUGGAAAGCGGCUUGGCCUUCACUGUGCCAACUUCCGUUCUUCUCUCACAGAGAGGAGCUUCCCUCUGCUGGGCUUCAUGUUGCAGAAGGGCCUGAGGAGAGGGGGUUGUGCUGCUGUCUUUGUGAGGACCUUGUGGCCCACAGCAGCCCUUAGCUCUGGUCUCUGGGUCCUGGCCUGGCUAGGGUUCCAGAGUAUUCUUUGGACCACUUUGGACCACUCACUCAUUGCCUGCACCAAUUGGACACCCAUCCUGGGAGUAGAGUGCCAAAGCCAGGGGAAGUGCUUGUUCCCUGUCUGGUGACUGACAGUUCCCCUGGAUGGAGUCCUCUCCUCAGAACUAGACAAAACGUAGUGUGUGCACUCCACAGUGAGGAACGUCAGGGCUGACCCAGCCUCGAGUUUUCUUGGGGUCCAUCACUCCAUCGUGCUUUGGCAGUGUUGGAGCCCCUUAUAUCUGGUACCGGCAGUCGUUGCAUUUUAAGGAUGACUGUGUGUGGGGUGUGACUUUAUAAAGCAAUGAAACAAAGUAAUUUUUAUUAAGCUAUGCCAUAUGUAUGCAGUAAUAGCAACAAAACACUCAUCCCUCUGAUUCCCACAGACUUGGAGAUGGCAGCUGUUCUUUGGCCAUCUGAGUGGUACUUCAUCUGAACAGGCUAGAAAUGUACCCACUUCCAGCAGGAAGCGAAUUGCUCAGGGUCCCUGGCCCCCCGUGUGGUGCCCGUCAGCACGUCAACACUGUUGGCGGUGGACCUCACAUGUCCUCCUUAAAAGGUUUAACUAAACAUCUUCAAUAGAAUCAUCUGAGGCAAGGAAGAGUGAGUGGGAGCAAGGAAUGGAAAGUCAGAGGAAUUGAUUUUUCAUUCUAUUGAAUUCAUCGUGUAUAAUUUGUACCAUUUCAGAUCCGUACUCCAGACAAAAAUAUGGUCACUGUGUUUAGAGAAAUUCUAGUGUUCUAUAUCAUUAAAUUAUUUGCCUAAUA